AUGAGUGCCUACAACAAGAGUAGAUGUGGGGGAGGGUGUCUGAGUACCCGGAUCUGGUGGUGCAGGACCUGCAGGGACAAGAACUUGGUCAUCCAGGCUGUGAAGGAACUUCCUAGACAGCUCUCCCCACCUCUCUUCAUGGAGGCCUUCACCAGGGCACACACUGAGGUCCUGAAAGCUAUGAUGCAAAAUCUUCACAAGCUACUUCUCUCUCACAUCUCUGGGCCUGCCUGCAUUUCCACAGCAGAGUGGAAACAAUUGAUCACCAUAAUUCACUUCUCAUUUUCUCAAGUUGCACAGCUUGAAGAAGAGAUAUGUAGACCAUCUCUUUCCUGGAAGGUCACCUGGACUAUCCACUUGAGUAAGAUGGGGUGCCUGACGUUCCCCUUGGAGACACUCGCUGUAACUCACUGCCAGCUUUCACGCUCAGACUGGGAACAUCUGUCCCAGUGUCUGAGCAUCAGUCAGGUAAAACACCUGUAUCUGAAGGGAGUCAGACUGACUGUUUAGUGCUGAGCCCCUCUGAGUUCUGCUGGAUAAAGUUUCAGGCACCCUGAACACCCUGCACCUCACGGCCUGUGGAAUCAGACUCCCAGCUCAGUGCCAUCCUGCCUUCCUGUGCUGCUGCUCCCAGCUCACCAGCUUCAGCUACAUAAAGAACUGCACUGCUGUGGCCACCUUGGAUAAGCUGCUGUACCACACUGCUAAGCUGAGUAACUUAAACCAGGAGCAGUACUCUAUUCCGCAGGACAUUUUUCUUCUCCGGGAUUCUGUCCACCCACUGAGACUGGACCAGGUUCAUGAUGCACUGAUGAGGAUUGUGCAAUCAUCUCGACUCCUCCUUACUCAGUUGACCUUGUUUCCAGAUUAGACCUCAUAGAACUGUAUUUUCUGAUUGGAAAAACCAUGAAUUGUCUGAUCAAUGAUGUUUGG